CGAACGGUGAGCAGUGAAUAAAAGGAAAAAUAAUUCAUCACUUUUCUCGUCUGUGUUGGUGCGAGUACAAGGAAAUAGUACCGGUCUCGACACGUGGCUGUUAAUUGCUUCUCUGUCUAUAAUAUCCAUUUAUAACAUCAACUAAAAAUGCCUGUUCCAUCACUUCAAAAACCAGCUCCAGUCUUCAAAGGAACCGCCGUCGUCAAUGGCAUGUUCAAGGAUAUUUCCUUGGAAGACUACAAAGGACAGUAUGUAGUUUUAUUCUUCUAUCCAUUGGAUUUCACCUUCGUUUGCCCCACUGAGAUCAUUGCUUUCUCCGAUCGCUUCGAAGAAUUCAAAAAAAUCAAUACAGCUGUAGUUGCUUGCUCAACCGACAGCCAGUUCUCUCACUUGGCAUGGAUCAACACUCCAAGGAAACAAGGAGGUUUGGGCGAGAUGGCCAUUCCUUUGCUUUCCGACAAAUCCGGAGCCGUUGCCAAAGCCUAUGGAGUAUUGGACGAAGCAACUGGAAUUCCAUUUAGAGGACUUUUCAUCAUCGACGGAAAAGGUGACUUGAGACAAAUCACCAUCAACGAUUUACCAGUCGGACGCUCCAUCGACGAAACCCUUCGUUUAGUGCAAGCCUUCCAGUUCACCGACGAACACGGCGAAGUAUGCCCAGUAGGAUGGAAACCUGGCCAGAAAACCAUGAAACCCGACCCCACUGGCAGCAAAGACUACUUCUCAACAGUAAACCACUAAAUUCCCUUACUUUAUUUUCGAUGUAUUAGGAAGUAUAAUCUUCAUGUAUUAUUUUUUUUAAAUAAACCGUAAUAUUGGUGAAAUAUUU